AUGGAGUCACAGGGUGAAGGGUACCCUCCCUUCUCGGUCUCAACUGGUGGUGGUAAGUUCUUUAUGAAACUACAGUAAUAGCAUAAAAGAUGGUACAUGAUUACUUUGACCAGAGUUUGAAUCUGUUUGAUUUAGGUGCUAAAAAAACCACAUACAAAUUUGAAAAGUCAUCAGUAAAUGUCUAAAUAACUGAUGUCACCGCAGGCACACUUCUACUUUCUGUCACUCAAUUUAUGGUCACACUAAGGAAGUACAAUACAAUUCUCUCUCUUUCUUUACAGAUGAGAGUAUGCAAGGUGUAAUGCAGAAAGAGUGGAACCCUUCACUCAGUGCUCCCCCUCUCCCAGAACUUAGGCUAGUCCUGCUGGGAAGGAAAGGAACAGGGAAGAGCUCUGCGGCCAAUACCAUCCUGGGAGGAAUAGGAGGGUUUGAGAUCGGCAGACCCACCGAGGAGUGCUCGAAAAGGCGAGCUGAUCUAACCGGGAGACGAGUCACCGUGGUAGACACCCCCGGCUGGGAAUGGUACUACCCUCUCAACAGCACCCCCGACUGGGUCCGGCGAGAGACGCUGCGCAGCAUGUCCCUGUGUUCCCCCGGACCUCACGUUGUCCUGCUAGUGAUACGUUCCUGCGCCUCGGUAACGGAGUCCUACAGGAAGCAGAUAGAGGAGCACCUGGAGUCUCUGGGGGAAGGGGUGUUGGACCAUACCAUGUUGCUGUUCACCAGGGGGGAUGAGCUGGGUGUGGUGCCCAUGGAGCAUAGGAUCCUGACGGGUGGGGCUGCCUUCCAACAGCUGCUACGGAGGUGUGGGAACAGGUAUGAAAUGAAAAUAUUGGCAUUUUUUGGUUGAUAUUGUCAUCUUGGAGGGAUGUACAUUCUAUUUUUAUUACCAACUUUAACCUGCAACAUGGGCUUUAACAUACCAGUAAUUUAGCUUAGCAGGCGUUCUUAUCCAGAGCGACUUAUUGCUCGACUAUGAAAAGCCAACUGACAUUUACUCCUGAGGUGCUGACCUGUUGCACCCUCUAUAACCACUGUGAUUAUUAUUUGACCCUGCUGAAGAGCUAUGAAUGUUUGAAUAGCUUGAAGAAUGAUCUGGCCUCAAUGGGCAUGUACUCCUGUGUAGCUCAGUUGGUAGAGCAUGGCACUUGCAACUCCAGGGUUGUGGAUUCGAUUCCCACGGGGGGCCAGUAUUAAAAAUGUAUGCACUCACUAACCGUAAGUUGCUCUGGAUAAGAGCGUCUGCUAAAUGACUAAAAUGUAAGUACUCUUAUAAUCUCCACCUGGCACAGCCAGAAGAUGACUGGCCACCCCUCAGUGCCUGGUUUCUAACCUAGGUUCCUGCCUUUCUACUGAGUUUUUCUUAGCCACGUGCUUCUACAUCUGCAUUGCUUGCUCUCUGGCGUUUUAGGCUCGGUUUCUGUAUAAGCACUUUGUGACAACUGCUGAUGCAGAAAGGGCUUUAUAAAUACAUUUGAUUGAUUCAUUGAUUGAUUGAUAAUCAGUGCAUUCAACUAAGGAAGGUAGGUAAAACAUCCACAUAUCAAUGGGCUCCUGAGUGGCGCAGUGGUCUAAGGCACUGCAUCUCAGUGCUUGAGGCGUCACUACAGACCCCCUGGUUCAAUUCCAGGCUGUAUCACAACUGGCCGUGAUUGGGAGUCCAAAAGGGCGGCGCACAAUUGGUCCAGGUUUGGCCGGUGUAGGCAGUCAUUGUAAAUCAGAAUUUGUCCUUAACUGACUUGCCAAGUUAAAUAACGGUAAAAAAACAUCACAACACAUAUCCCAAGUAACAUUUUCUACAUAAAAAAAGCUAUCUGGAAAUCUGAGUGCAAGAAAGGUAAGAACAAGAGCGGUACAUUUUUGGUUUUUAUUUGUGUUUUUGUUGUCUUCCAGGUACCAUGUCCUGGACAACAGGAGCCGAGGAGAUGGAACUCAGGUAAGGGAACUACUGAGGAAGAUGGAGGAGAUGGUGGAUAACAAGGGAGGACAUUUUGGGGCAGAUCCUGCCCUCCUGAGCUUGGAGGCAGAUGGGAGGAGGAGAGCGAGGGAACGGAGGAAGAGACAGAGACAGAUGGAGGCCCAGACUCAGAGGGGUACCAUCCGAGCUGUGCUUCUGAGUGAGUUCCUUAAAAGUGGCUAUGUAGUAUGACCCAUUUGAUUAUCUUCUCUGAGUUCGAAUAUUUCCUCAUCAGCAUAACGCUGUAUCAAAAAACAUUAAGUGAAAAUGAUGUGUGAUAAAUACAUCGUUGUCUUAAAUUCAAAACCUGUGAUCAUAUAUUUCAAUCUAUAUGUCAUUUUACUAUCCUUAUGGAAAAUAGGACCUAGGGACAUGCAUAAACUUAAACCAAUAGGAAUACCUAAACUGAUGUGGCGUACAGUACACUCGGAUAACCACUAAAUAUUCUAACCCUGAAAUCUUGUGCCCCCUUUCCCUGACAGGCGACACUGGAUCCCAGGGCUCUGAGUGGGACGGGAAACAACCAUUCUCCAAGGGUACCCGUCGUCUCCCAGAGCUGAGACUGGUCCUCCUGGGAGAGAGAGAGACGGGGAAGAGCUCGGCUGGGAACACCAUACUUGGUGGAGAAGGAGCAGGGUUCUUUCAGACAGGGAGGGUGACGGAGGAGUGUGCCCGGUGCCAGGCAGAGGUAGGUUUUACAUUUACAUUGUAGUCGUUUAGCGAACGCUAUGUUCAGAGCGACUAACAGUCAGUGCAUUCAACUAUGGUAUGGGUAAAAACAACCACAUAUCACACAGUUAUCUUCAGAAUACCACUAUCAGCAUAAUCAGUGCUAGUAAUAAAAUAAAAAAGCGAGUCAGUGUGUUGGGAGACAAGUACAACAUUAAAGUGUUUAUUUAUUUAAUUGUGCCAUUUUUAGGUAGCCAUGAGGCUGGUCACCGUGGUGGACACCCCUGGUUGGGAAGGCGGAGUAGCAGGCCCCACCCCAGAGAGGGUAAAGCGGGAGAUGGUGUGGGGUAGCGUGUCCCUGUGUCCCCCGGGACCCCACGCUGUGCUCCUCACCCUGAGGGUGGACACCCUGGUCGGUGCCACACCUGUAAGAGAACACCUGGAGCUCCUGGGGGAAGAGGUCUGGAGGCAUACUGUCCUCCUGUUCACCCAUGGGGACCAGCUGAGGGAGGGGGUGGGCAUUGAGCAGCACAUCCAAAGCGGGGGGAGGGACCUUAAGUGGCUGGUGGAGAAGUGUGGGAGCAGGUAUGUCUGCUGUCCUUAUCUCUCUGUUUUGAUUGUUGUUGUUUCUUGUUCUUAUGUUUAAUUUGUAAUCUUCCUCUGUAAAGCGUGUUGAGACAUUGUGAUAAUGGACUUAAAAAUAAAAACGUGACUUGACUUGACUUGACAGGUACCACGUCAUCAGUAAUGUGAAUGGAUGUGGGGACGCCACUCAGGUGUUAGGCCUGCUGGAGAAGGUAGAAAAGAUGGUGGCCGGGAACAGGUGCGAGGCCUUCUCGUCGCUGGUGCAGGAGGUCAGCGACCUCACCAGACAGAGGAACGAGAAAUUCAACCAGCGUCUGAAAGAGGUUGGUGACAAGAUGCAGCGUCAGGAGACGGAGCUCAAGAGGAUGAGGGAGAGGGAGGUCAAGAGAAUCCGCUGGUUUUUCAAUAGGAAGAAGAAAGUUAAAUCUCCGGGGAAGUCAGGCGUGGAAAAAGAGGAGGACGGAGGGGAGGAGGAAGAGAAAAGGAGUGAUGGGAGGAAGAACGAAAUGGGCGAACUGGAGGAGUGGAUUAGGUGGCUGACAGAGGAUAAGGAGAGAGAGAUUCAGGAUCUGGGCAUGGAAAACGACAGAGUCAUCGCUAUGCUCAAUCAGAGAAGCAGAGAGCGAGAGGAGACAGUCAACAAGCUGGAGGAGAAAGAGAGAGAGAUUGAAGAGCUGAAAGAGAGAGUUGAUGAGCAGCAAGUGAAACUGCUCGACCUUGAGCGUGUCAUCGAGGAGAAAGAACGAGAGAGAAAAGAGAGGGAGGAAGAGUUUAGAGGAAAGCAUCAGGAAUGGAGGAGGGAAGCAGAGGAGUUGAAAGACAGGAUAAACCUGGAAGAAAAAGAAAAGGAGCAGUGGAUAGAAAGAGUAAAAAUGUCACAGAACGAGAUGUAUGAGUCAAAACAGUUGUAUGAGGAGACACUUUUACAGUAUGAGGAAGAGAUGGAGAGAAAACUGCAUGAAAAAGAGGAAGCGAUGGAGAGGAAACUGCAUGAAAAAGAGGAAGAGAUGGAGAGGAAACUGCAUGAAAAAGAGGAAGAGAUGGAAGGAAUGAGACUGCUAUCUGAGACAAGCGAAACAGAAAGGAGGGAUGAGCAAAGAAAGAGAGAUGCAAGGGAAAAUAAAGAGAUGAACAAGCUGAAAGAAAUCAUUGAAAAUAAAAAUAAAGAAAUAACUGAUACACAGCAAUUGGUUACAGAGAAAGAAAAAGAGAUUGUGGAAGCGAGGGCGAGAUCUGUUGACAACGUAAAAGAAAUUGAGCGGCUGAAAGAAAAUAAUGAAAAUAAGAAGUCUGAGAUGGUGGCAAUGCAACAGCAACACACAGAGUAUGAAAGUAGGAGAGAUGCCGAGACAAUGGACAAGCUACAAGGGAAAGAAGUGGAGCUCAACAACUUAAAACAGAAGGACCGGGAAAAUGAGCGAGAACUUGUCAGUUUAAGGCAAACCAUUAAACAAACAAAGACAGAACUGGAAAACUUAACUGCCACGAUGGAGAAGGAAAUGAUGAACAUGAUACAGGAAUAUGAAAAGGAAAUCAAGACAAAGGACGUGGAGAUGAGGUUGAUGUUAGAAGACAAAGAAAGUUCUGUCAGCCAACUGCAGAAAAUGGAUGAAGAAAGUAGGAAGGACAUUUCAGGCAUGACAGAAUACUUACGGGACAGCCAGAGGAAGGUUGAGGAACUGCAGGACCUGAACGUGAAAUUGAAGAAAGAGAUGGACAACCUCAGGAAGAAGUGUCAGGAGUAUGAGGAGGACCAGGGUUUUCAGAGAACCAGGAGUGAGAGCAGAGAGGCUGACAUCAGAGAGCUGCUCUGUGGAUAUGAAGAGCAGUUGAAAAAGAAAGAUGGGGAAAUCCACCAUGUUAUGAAAGAGUGGGAGCUGGAGGUCGUUGCGUUGAAACAGACGAACGAUGAGAGACAGAAAGAGCUGGAGAAAAUGAAAGAAGAGGGAGAGGUGAGAGAGAAACAGGUGGAUGAGAUGAGAUGGUGUUAUGAGAAGAAUCUGCGAGAAAGACAGAAUGAGCUGAAACAGACGGCUGAGGAAAAGGAGAAAGAGCUUGAGAAAAGGGAGAGAGCAUUUGAUGAGAAGGAACGAGAACAAGCAAAAAGUAAAGAAGUGCUGGAUAACAGAGGACGUGAACUUGAGACGAAAGAGGCAGAGCUAGUGAAAAGAGAGGAAGAGCUAGUGAAAGGAGAAAGAGUGCUAGUAAAAGGAGAAGAAGAGCUAGUGAAAAGAGAGGAAGAGCUAGUGAAAAGAGAGGAAGUGCUAGUGAAAAGAGAGGAAGAGCUAGUGAAAGGAGAGGAAAAGCUAGUGAAAAGAGAGGAAAAGCUAGUGAAAAGAGAGGAAGAGUUAGUGAGAAGAGAAGAAGAGCAAGUUAAAGGAGAGGAAACGCUAGUGAAAAGAGAGGAAGAGCUAGUCAAAAGAGAGGAAGAGCUAGUUAAAGGAGAGGAAAAGCUAGUGAAAAGACAGGAAGAACUAGUGAAAGGAGAGGAAAAGCUAGUGAAAGGAGAGGAAGGGUCAGUGAAAAGAGAGGAAGAGCUAUUCAAAAGAGAGGAAGAGCUAGUUAAAGAAGAGGAAGAGCUAGUGAAAAGAGAGGAAGAGCUAGUGAAAAGAGAGGUAGAGCUAGUUGAAGGAGAGGAAAGGCUAGUGAAAAGACAUGAAGAGCUAGUGAAAGGAGAGGAAGUGCUAGUGAAAAGAGAGGAAGAGCUAGUCAAAAGAGAGGAAGAGCUAGUUAAAGGAGAGGAAAAGCUAGUGAAAAGAGAGGAAGUGCUAGUGAAAAGAGAGGAAGAGCUAGUCAAAAGAGAGGAAGAGCUAGUUAAAGGAGAGGAAAAGCUAGUGAAAAGACAGGAAGAACUAGUGAAAGGAGAGGAAACGCUAGUGAAAGGAGAGGAAGAAUUUGUGAAAAGAGAGGAAGAGCUAUUCAAAAGAGAGGAAGAGCUAGUUAAAGAAGAGGAAAAGCUAGUGAAAAGACAGGAAGGGUUAGUGAAAGGAAAGGAAGAGCUAGUGAAAAGAGAGGAAGAGCUAGUUGAAGGAGAGGAAAAGAUAGUGAAAAGACAGAAAGAGCUAGUGAAAGGAGAGGAAGUGCUAGUGAAAAGAGAGGAAGAGCUAGUCAAAAGAGAGGAAGAGCUAGUUAAAGGAGAGGAAAAGCUAGUGAAAAGACAGGAAGAAUUAGUGAAAGGAGAGGAAAAGCUAGUGAGAGGAGAGGAAGAGUUAGUGAAAAUAGAGGAAGAGCUAUUCAAAAGAGAGGAAGAGCUAGUUAAAGAAGAGGAAAAGCUAGUGAAAAGAGAGGAAAUGCUAGUGAAAAGAGAUGAAGAGAUAGUGAAAAGAGAUGAAGAACUGGAGAAAAGAGAGGAAGAGCUAGUGAAAGGAGAGGAAGAGCUAGUGAAAAGAAAGGAAGAGCUAGUCAAAAGAGAGGAAGAGCUAGUUAAAGGAGAGGAAAAGCUAGUGAAAAGACAGGAAGAACUAGUGAAAGGAGAGGAAAAGCUAGUGAAAGGAGAGGAAGAGUUAGUGAAAAGAGAGGAAGAGCUAUUCAAAAGAGAGGAAGAGCUAGUUAAAGAAGAGGAAGAGUUGGAAAGUAGAAGACGAGAAGUAAAGAACUGGGAGGAAGAUCUAGAAAUAAGACAGGAAGGACAAGAGAAACAGAACCAGGAGUUGUGGAGCCGAGAAAAAUGCUUAAAAAGAAAGGAAGAAGAGUCUGAAAGCCUAGAACAAAACAUCUGCAGCAAGGAGCAAGACGUGGAGAAAAUAGAAAAAGAGCUGCAAAACAGGAAGAACAAACUGGAUAGUAGAGAAUAUGAUUUAAAAACUUGGGAAGAAAAUAUUAAGAAAAUUGAGCUGGAUCUAGAAAACCUGCAGCGACAACAGCACAACCGUCAACUAGAGCUGGAUGAAAGGGAAAAUGAACAAGGGAGUGGGAAGGAAGAACAUCAGAACCAGAGAGAGAAUCUGGAAAAAAGAGAGAGAGAACUGAGGGCCAGAGAACAUGAACUCGACAACAGGGAACAUGAUUUGAGAUGUGGAGAACAAGGGUUGGAAAACCAGGAAAAGGAUAUGAACAACCGACAGCACGACAUGGACAAAAGACAAGAAGAAUUGGAAAAUAUACAACAAGAUCUUGAGAAAAGGGAGCUUCACCUGGAGAACAGAGAAGAAGAAAUAAAGAAGCAUACACAAGCUCUGGAAAAAAGAGAGAAAGAGAUCAAAGACCGCUUACAAGGACUUGAAAACAGAGAACACAAUUUGAAGAAUGGAGAGCAAGAGUUACUGAACUGGAGAACAGAGUUAGAAAUUCAAGAGAAACAUAUGAGCAACAAGAGCCAAGACAUGGAAAAGCUGGAGGGGGAGGUGGAAAACCAUCAACAAGAGCUAAGGAACAGAGAGGAAGGUUUUGAAGGAAAAAUGCAAGAGUUGAGGAAUUGGGAGCAGCGUCUAGACAGACUUGAAACAGAACUAGAGAGGAGAGAGCAUGAACCGAGGAAUAUGAAUAAUGGACUCAAGGAAAAGGAGCGCGAAGUGAACCAUUUUGAGAAAGAUCCGGAUGACAGAGAUUAUGACGUGGAGACCAGAGAGCCUAACAGAUUGAUACCAAGCCAUGAAGCACAUGGAGGAGAUGUUUGUGACAGGACAGCAAGAUAUGAUGAUGUCACACUAGGGGGUAUAGAUGAUUCCCAUAUGAUGUACCAGGAAGUAGGAGUGGUGGAGAAAGAAGGAUGGGAACUGCAGGGAGAGGAACCAGAGAGGAGCGGAAGCAUCACAGACAGGGAAGAUCGGAAGAUGAUGGAAUGUGCCUCGUCUGCAAUCUUAAACAAUAACUGUCAGUUUGAAAGAAUGGUGGCGCAAGAAGCGAAAGAGGAGGCUGGACAGAAUCUGGAAGAACAGAUGAAAGAGGAGAUCGAAGAAGAGGGAGACAAGGAGAGAAAUAGAGAGCAUCCCAAACAGGAAGGGGAUUCUCAGAACACAGGGAAAGAGUGUGUUCCAUUAAAAAGAGGGAGCCAGGAUGAGAUAUGGCUGGAAGAAUGUAGAAAGAGGGGGAGAAUGGGUGAAGAGGAGGGGGAGGAGGAAGAUGAGGAUAAUUAUAAGGAAAUUGAAGAUAUAAACAUUAUCUCAGACUUAAAGUUAACUCCAAGUCCAGGCCCCAGUGUAGCAAACACUAAACACAUACAAAGGUCUGAGCUGAGGCUGGUACUGUUAGGGGAGACUUGGUCCUCCCGUCACCCAGCAGGGUACACAAUCCUGGGAAGCGAAGCCUCACACCCAGGUGGGUCCAUCUCCAUGCCAUGGCGGGGACAAAUCGCUGGAAGGCAGGUCAGUGUGGUAGAACCACUGGGACUAAAGUGGCGUAACGGACCAGACGACAACACCACCAUCACCACAGACCCAACACAGCUCCAGAACAUCUUCCAUAGUGUGUCCCUGUCCCACCCAGGUCCCCACGCUAUCCUCCUGGUCCUACCAGCCUACCUGUCAUUCACACAGAAGUAUCGGAGAGCGGUGGAACACCAUAUGAGUGUGCUCGGGGAAGAUAUUUGGCAUCGCACCAUGGUGCUGUUCACGUGGGGGGAAGCUUUAGGGGAGAGCGCGGAGCAGCACAUACUGAGGAAUGGAGACCUCCAGUGGCUCGUGGGACAAUGUGGUGGUAGAUUCCAUAUUCUGGCCAGCAGGAAGAACAACUCCCAAACAGCAGAGCUAAUGGAGAAGAUAGAGGAGAUGGUGGCAGAAAACGGUGACUAUCAAUGUAAUGGAGACUGA